GAACUUUCCCUUUUGCUUUCCGGGAACAAUUUACAAACAAAUCCAUGUUUGUUUUACUGCAGGAGGAUUGUGUUCAUGCACAGUGUGAUAUUUCAGUGUCUGAGAAGCAGUGAGCAAGACAGUAGUGAUCAACAAUAAUCUUAAUUGCCAGCCCAGCAGAUCCGAGUUUAAGGAAAGAAAAAGGCAUAAAUGAUCAAACAAAGGAAUUACUUCAAAGAGGCGUUGUAAGGCAAAAGUCUCACUUGAAUGUAAAGGUACUCAAGUUCUCACACUGGUGUUUUUCUUUGAAAAGAAGACUUAAACUUUUAAAACCAGAAGCUGCUUUUCAGAGAACAUUAACAGGGAGGGACAGAAAGGGAUAAACUAAAAUGGCUGAAGCAGUGAUGGAGGACUCAACUCUUUUCAAAGAACAGUGUGGAAAUCUUUCCUGUUGAAGCUGCUGAAGCAGCCACUGAUCUGGUUUUUUACUAAACAAAUUGGUUUCUGUGAGGAAGAAGCAACCCUGAAACUUCCUGUGGCUCUGGGCUGACUGAGAAGUGAGGGGUGCAGGGGCUGGGCCUCUCAGGAGUGUGGUCUGACCAGAAUGAACCUGGCUGGAGGUUUAAUUGAACACGUGGCUCCCUGGGGAGGUGCAGAGGAGGUGCUGCAGGGCAGGGGAGCAACUGUGCAGAUACAGACCCUGGACUGAGCUUUGCUGCCUAUCAGAUACCAGCUCCUCAGUCCUACUGCACAUCACAUCUGGUCCCAAGCAGGAGGAACAGCACUUACCCAUGUAGAAUGUUCAGUGAAGCUCCUGAAGGGAGGGAGUUCUGCCAUCUCGGUUUGGACUCUGGUCUUCGUGGGUCCCUUCCAGCUCAGAAUAUCCAAUGAUUCUGUGACCCCACAUGACCCUGGUGUAGCCCAGGAGGAGUUUCUUGCAUGUGCCUCUGCCACUCUGUAAAUCACCACUAAGGACAGCUGCCCCAACCUUGGACCUGUAUUGGAGGCUCUUCACAUUGACUUCAAACACAUUUGGGACAGCCCCUGCUUCACAGUUCCGCUUUCCACCGCUGCUGAACGUCUGUUGAUGGCACCAGGGGAGACAGGAAGACUUGGCCACCACCCUCACUCUGCUCCUGUCCUUGUCAGGGAUCCGGUGUCCAACAGGAGCUGAGCUGGCACCAUCAGCUGCUUCCUGCCCUACUGGAUCUCUCUCGCAGAGGUGUCCCAGGCUCCAUGUGCUCCCAUGGGGAGCAGCUGGGGCUGGAAGUCGUCAUGGGCAAUUUGUAGAAGACGGAGCUUGGCAAGAGACCUGAAGGCUGAAGGCCUCAGCCAGCAGGGGCCAUGCGAUGCUCCCUGAAACGCUCCCUCACAGCUCUGCUCGCUGCCUCCUUCCUCGUCCUCCUCUUGCUCCUCUAUGGGGACAGCCGGCAGGAACAGGAUCUCCUGGAGGUGGAGCUCAGGGGCCUGGCUCCUGACAGGAUCCUGCUGCAGCCGGAGGGAGCCCAGCGCAUCCUCAGGGACACAGCUGAGCUCUCUGCACUCCACAACGUCUCCUACCAGCUCCUCGCUGGCUCCCCGGCUCCCCGAAAAAAAUUCCUGGCAGUGGGAAUGGCGUCCGUGCAGAGGCCACGUGGCUUCUACCUCCUGGCCACGCUCCAGUCCCUCUUCAGCCAGUCCACGGAGGAGGAGCUGCAGGAGAUGGUGGUGGUGGUGCACCUGGCUGACACCGAUCCUGGCUGGAACGCGCGCGUUGCCGCCACCGUCGCCCAGAAGUUCGCUCGCCACAUCCUCCUGGGCCAGCUCCUGCUGAUCCACGCUCCCCCUGAGUUCUACCCCACCCUGGAAGGCCUGAAGAGGAACUUCAACGACGCAGAGGAGCGGGUGAGGUUCCGCUCGAAGCAGAACGUGGACUACGCCUUCCUGCUCGCCUUCGCCGCCAACCUCUCCUCCUACUACCUGAUGAUCGAGGACGACGUGUGGAGCGCCAGGUCAUUCCUGACGGCCAUCCGCAAGGCACUGGCUUCCCAGGAGGGCUCCAACUGGGCCACCCUCGAAUUCUCCAAGCUGGGCUACAUUGGAAAGCUCUACCGCUCCAGUGACCUUCCUCGCCUGGCUUGCUUCCUCCUCCUCUUCUACCAGGAAAUGCCCUGUGACUGGCUGCUGGUCCACUUCCGCCAGCUGCUCACCCAGAAGGACGUGAUCCGCUUCAAGCCAUCCCUCUUCCAGCACAUGGGCCUCUACUCCUCCUUCCAGGGCACUGUCAACCGGCUAAAGGACGAGGAUUUCCAGGCCGAUGCCUUGGAUGUCCCGGACAACCCGCCGGCAUCCCUGUACACCAGCAUGUCCAUCUUUGAGAACUAUGAGCCCCUCAAGGCCUACAGCUCGGCACAGGGGUACUUUUGGGGCAAAGACCCAGCAGCUGGCAGUACUUUUUCCAUUGUGUUCCAGCAGCCGGCUCGAGUCAGCCGUGUCCGGGUGCGCACGGGCUCCGCGGAGCGCCCGGGCGAUUUCCUGCACGCAGGGCUGCUGGAGCUGGGCCAGCGCCGAGAGCGCAGCCGGGACUGCUCCUCCUACAUCCCUGUAGGCUCCUUCAAGAAGGGGAUCCUGGAGCAGCAGGGCCUGGAGAGGGUCCUGCCCGCGCCCGUGGAGUGUGUGAGGAUCCGGGUGACGCAGGACCAGAGCGAGUGGCUCAUCAUCCAGAGCAUUGAUAUCUGGACCACAGCAGGCAUUUGAGCAUAACACCUGUGGGAGGAUGUCAAAGCAGCUGGAUUUGGUUCUAAGAGAUCCUUUAUUUUUCAGUUUCUCUUUUUGGAUAAGAAAUUAAGUUAUUGACUCCCACUGCCCUGUGUCUGUAGAGAUAGGAACCACUGGUGUGGGCUGUGGAUGGGUUUAGGAGCAGGGCCCAUCAGGAUGUGCCUGCUGGGGAAUGGCCCAGUGAGCCAGAGAUGGGGCACAGGAAGGGGAAGGGGCUUGGGAGUAGUAGAAAACCUUUCUUCUUGGGGAGGAUGAUGUAUAAGGCAAAACUAAUCAGCUAAUUAACUAACCAAGUAAUCAGGCAGUAGUAUUUUUUGCAGGCUCUCCACACUUUACCUGCUUAAGUUUUCUAACUUUUUCCCAAACUCUUGAUUUCUGUCUCCCUCCUCUCUGAUCCCAUUUCCUAGCUGCUCCUGGAGGGGUCAGGGGAAGAAGGUCUAGGGCUGCUGCUCACCACACCCCGCACCCUGCAGGCUCAGCAGGUUGGCGGCAGCAGCAAGCUGCCAGUGGUGCCCGGCCAUUUCCCAGUGCCCAUCGGGAGCGACGGCCACCAGAUGGACCCAUCAGCCCGGCCCGGCAGCGCCUCCCACCAGCGCUGCUUGUUCCCGCCCUCCGAGGGAAAAAUCAGUUCCCAGGGACCUCAUCUCGUGUUCAGGCGGGAUUCACGUGGAGAGGGAAGGACAGGCAAGACAGGGUUUCUACAAAGGGGAGGAAGGCCCAGAAUUGAGCACCAGGUAACAAAGAUGAGCCAAAGAAAACAUGACCUUGGUAUAAUGUGAAGCUCUGGGUUCUUUUUAGCUCAGUGAGGUGCUGACGGGUAACUGGGGUACACACAGACUCCCAAAAGCUGUUUGGGUUUGUCUGGAUGGGCCAGCUUGGAGGGCUGGAUGCUCCACUAGCAGCUGCUGGCCCCAGUGUGCAGGGCAGUGACUGGCACCUCCCCCAGUCAGGCUUUUAGCAACCAUUUCUCAGCUUCCUGCAAAGGGAAGAAUUCCAGUCUGCCCAGAUUUCCCAUGGGAUAGGCCAGAGAAGUUAAGUCACUAAGCUGUGCCAAGCAGGACUCUGGUCUACCCGUGUUCCAAGCCUGGCUCUCCUGGAGCAGGACAGUCACUGUCAGCAGGGAGCAGUGCCAGGGACACUCCUGCAGUGCCAUAACCACAGCUCUGGCUUUAGGAGGCAUCAGAGCUCACCUGCUGGGCACUGGGAGGCAGAUGGAGAGCCCCAGACCUGGCAUGUUGGGGUUUUUCCCCUGAAGAAAAAACCACUCAGGUAGUAGGUCUUUGUCUGCAUUUAAUACAGAUGUGCUACACCAUAAACUCCAAAUGUUCUCAGUGGGAUCAAUAUACAUGGCAGAACCAAUGCUGCUUCCUCCACAAAGCCCAAGUCCUGUCAGAGCUCUUGGAGUGUUCUGAGUGGCACAAGUGUUCACUACCCAGGGCUCUGACAGGUGUUUCCAGUGCUCCAGGAGAGCCUUUGCCCCAGUUCUCUUGGAUAAAAAUGCUGCUG